AUGAGUCUGUGGGUGGACAAGUACCGGCCCAGCGCCCUCAACAAGCUGGACUAUCAUAAGCAGCAGGCGGCCCAGCUGAAGAAUCUGGUCCAAUGUGGAGAUUUUCCUCACCUCCUUGUGUAUGGACCAUCUGGAGCCGGAAAGAAGACCAGAAUAAUGUGCUUGUUAAGAGAGCUGUAUGGAGCCGGAGUAGAAAAACUUAGGAUUGAACAUCAGUCAAUAACGACGCCUUCUAAAAAGAAGAUUGAAAUUAGCACUAUAGCAAGCAACUACCAUUUAGAAGUGAAUCCAAGUGAUGCUGGCAAUAGCGAUCGUGUUGUUAUUCAAGAAUUAUUGAAGACUGUGGCCCAGUCUCAGCAACUUGAAACAAGUACACAGAGAGAUUUUAAAGUUGUAUUGCUAACUGAAGUGGAUAAACUCACUAAAGAUGCUCAGCAUGCUUUGAGAAGAACCAUGGAGAAAUACAUGGCUACUUGCAGACUCAUUCUGUGUUGUAAUUCUACAUCUAAAGUCAUUGCUCCAAUACGUAGCAGAUGUUUGGCAGUUCGUGUGCCAGCUCCCAGCAUUGAAGAGAUCUGCACAGUUUUGUUUAGUGUAUGCAAGAAAGAAGGACUGUCUCUACCACAAGAUCUUGCUCGAAGAAUUGCAGAAAAAUCUGGAAGAAAUUUAAGAAAGGCUCUUCUAAUAUGUGAAGCAUGCCGCGUUCAACAGUAUCCCUUCAGUUCAGACCAAGACUUACCAGAAACAGAUUGGGAGGUUUAUGUGAAGGAGACAGCCAACGCAAUUGUUAAUCAACAGACACCACAAAGGUUACUUGAAGUUCGUGGAAAACUUUAUGAGCUUCUGACACACUGUAUCCCUCCUGAAGUCAUAAUGAAGUCACUGUUAUCAGAGCUUCUCAAUAACUGUGAUGGGCAGUUGAAAGCUGAUGUGGCGCAGAUGGCGGCUUAUUAUGAACAUCGGCUGCAGCUGGGCAGCAAAGCAAUUUAUCACCUGGAAGCCUUUGUGGCAAAGUUUAUGGCCAUUUACAAGAAAUUCAUGGAGGAUGGACUGGAAGCAAUGAUGUUCUAG